UCGGUUGGCACUACUGUAGUAACUACGUGGUCGCAAUAGUACAAAAAUGUAAACAUCUACAGAUAAUAAUUUCGAUAACUUUCCCAAGUCUAAGAAGUCUAGGGUAUUUGUUUUAUAAAAAUAUUAUUUUAACAAAAAAAUGUUAAAAGUCGGAGGUACUCACUUAUCCUUGUUUACAAUUAACUGUUACAUUUAUUUUCUGUAACCGAAGUGAAUAUAGUCAAAAGCGUCGUCAAGCGCUGCAGAAUUUCAAGUCCGUAAUGGCGGACGCUAAUAAUUUUGGAAGUUUCGUGAUUCUAUUGUUCUGUUUUUGAGUUUUUCGCCGGUUUACGGAUACGGGAAUGAGUUUAAUCAUAAGUGAACGUAUGCGGAGUGUUAUUAACGUGCUAGUGAUAUGAAAUGUUCUGUUAUGACGUGACAAAAGCGCCUGCUAGAUAUGUAACCUUUUCCCUAACCUCGUUUACGCCAAUGAAGUAGAUAUGUGAUCGAUGUGUGUGCGUCGAUGAACGAUAUUUCGUCCGUUCCGCGUUACAUUUUGUGUGUAGUUAAUCUGUUUAUUAGUGAUGGAAGUGUCCGCGUCGCGGUUUUGCAAUCCGACGCCCGAUUUCGAUGUAACGUAAGUGAGCCGGUCGAUCGCCAGAGCGAGUGUAAGCAGGGACGGCCGUUGCCAGCCGAACAUGGCUGCGACGCAGGCAGAGUCCCAGCGUAGCGAAGCGAACGUUGAGCAGAAUCCACCGGAACAGCUCAGUGAAUCUCGGAACGCUCUGUUACAAAACGGCACCGACAAGUCCGUCGGGCGCGUUCCGCCCGAUGGCGUCGUGAACACAAAGAGCAAAUCGCCUAUGUCGGCCGAACCGGGCCAGCCACGCGACGGCGGCGAGGCGCCCGGCCACGACCGACCCGGGGAUCGGCCGCUGGUGGACCAGUACGGCCCGUAUAGGUAUCCGGAAGGCGCCGAUCCGUAUUACGCGCCGCGAGGCGGUUUUCCCGGCAAACCGCGAGCACCGCCGCAGCAGCCACGCUUCUUCCCGGGUCAGGCGGUGUCGCAGGCGCCGGGGCCCACGCCGACGUUGAACUCGUUGCUGCAGUCGAGCGGGGGCCCGCCGCACCGCUAUCCGAACAGCUAUGAGCAGCCGCCAGGGGGUUAUGGGCCCGCGCCUGGCCCCGGCUGGCCACCGCGUCCCAUGCCGCCCUAUAAUCCUCAAGGAAGCCCUUAUAGAAAUUCUACGCCGCGUGGGUACGGCGCGCCCCCUUACGGCGGCGCUCCGGGGGGACCGCAGCAACCCCCGGGAGCGUAUGGCCCUCCAGGAUCCUACCCUCAGCGGUAUCCACCGCCACCGGGGCCGCCUGGCGCGCCCAGCUCGAGACCGCCCUUCUCGCCACACCAGGGCUAUGAGCGCGGCGGUUCCCCGCAGCCGCCGUCGCAGCCGACGGGCGCGCCCAGCCCGGGCGCUCCUCAGAACGCGCCUGGCGCCCUGUCGCCCACCCAGGACACGCAACACCCGCCGCACAUGCCGCCUCACGGGGCCCAACCACCGCCGCACCAGGGUUACCCUCCGCCGCCGAGGCCUCCGCAGACGUCCACGCCGAACGCACACGAUCCAGACUCUGAUCUGACCGGUCAAAACAGCAAUGACUCGGGCGGGAGCGGGGGCGCGGGGCGCGCUACCACGCCGCACCUGAGGCCGACGCCCAGUCCCACCGGCUCAAGCGGCUCUCGCUCCAUGUCACCAGCUGUCGGCACGCAGAACGUAACGAUGCCGCCGCGAACGUCGUCGUCGCUGUCGGAGGGCAGCGGGCCGGCGGCGCGGGCUGUGGCCCCCGGGCCGGCGGGCGCGGUGCCGCCGCCCGGCGCGAUGGUGGCGCAGCCCUAUUCGCACCACGGCGCGUACAAGGCGCCGCACUACCCGCCGCCGCAGCCGCCCUACGGGUACCCGCCCGCCAGGAACCACCAUCCGUACCCCUAUGGGUAUCGUCCGCCACCACCACAUCCGCCGCAACACUAUCAACCCCUCAAGCAGGGCGGCGGGCGGCACAUGGGUCCGCCGGGCGCGGGGGGCGCGGGGGGCGCGGGCGGCGCGGGCGAGGGCGCCAUGCCGCCGCCGACCGCGCCGGGCGACGCGCACGACAACGGGCCCGCGCCGCCCGCCACCGCGCUCGUCACCACCGGGCCCGACGGCGCGCCGCUCGACGAGGGCAGCCAGCAGAGCACGCUCAGCAACGCCUCAGCAGCGUCAGGCGAGGAAUGCGGCGGGUCUGGCAAGCCGCGCAAGGAGUUCGGCGGCAGCGCGGCGCCGUCGCCCUCGCCAGGGGGCGCGUCUCACUCCUCGCUGCACGACGACUACGAAGCCUCGCCCAGCCCCUGGCCCAGGCCGCCAUCUAGUCCCGUAUUUAACAGUCACAUACCGCCGGAGUCCUACAGAUCAAAGGCUGAGAACCAAAGGAAACGUCGCGUAGGAGAGUCUUCGUCAGGCCCGAAGUCGGACUCGCUGAGCAAGCUGUACGAGAUGGACGACUCGCCGGAGCGGCGCGGGUGGGUGGAGCGGCUGCUCACGUUCAUGGACGAGCGGCGCACGCCCAUCGCCGCGUGCCCCACCAUCUCCAAGCAGCCGCUGGACCUCUACCGGCUGUACCUGCUGGUGCGCGAGCGCGGCGGGUUUGUUGAGGUGACAAAGAACAAAACGUGGAAAGACAUCGCCGGCCUUCUCGGCAUUGGCGCGUCGUCGUCCGCCGCGUACACGCUACGCAAACACUACACGAAGAACUUGCUCGCGUACGAGUGCCACUUCGAUCGCGGCGGCAUCGACCCGCAGCCGAUCAUCAACCAGGUGGAGGCGUCCACCAAGAAGAAGGGCGGCAAGUCUAACAGCACACCUAGUGCGAGCUCGUCGAACUCGCAGGAGUCGUUCCCGGGCGGCGCGGCGGGCGGCGGCGGCGCGCCCAUGGACGGCUACCCGCCGCAGUACGCCGGCUACCCGCCACAACCCAACCACGCGCAAGGCGGCGCGGUGGGUGGCGUGGGCGGUGUGGGCGGCGUGGGCGGUGUGGGCGGCGCGGGCGCGGCGGGCGACAACCUCGCCGCCUCCAACCCCUUCGACGAGCCGCCCGGCCCGCGCCGUGCGCCAGGGUACCAACAAGGUUACGGGUAUGAAUAUGGAUCUCCUUACCAGCCGAACAGGCCUGUCUAUCCACCUUACGGACCGGAUGGGGACAGGGGGUACCGCGCGGGUCCGGGCGGCGAGUACCAGUACGGCGCGUACGGCGGCGCGUUCCGCGGCGCGGCGCCGGCGGGCGCGGGCACGCCGCCGCCCGCGCAGCCCUACCCCGAGUACUACCGCGCGCCGCACCCGCACCACGCGCCGCACCCCGCGCACCCGCCGCACCCCGCGCACGCGCCGCACCCGCCGCACCCGCCCGUGUCGCCGCACCAGCAGCACCCGCCGCACCAGCCGCACCAGCAGCACCAGCCCCACCAGCCGCACCAGCCGCACCAGCCGCACCAGCCGCCGCACGAGAUGUCUGGCGGCGCGCAGGCGCAGAGUGUCGGUAACCUAAUGAGCUCGCAGCUCGCUCGGCAGCUGGUCGCGCCGCUGCCGCCGAACCCCAGACCCUACUACGGCGGCGGCAAGGCGAGCGGGCCGGGCGGGCCGGGCGGGCCGGGCGCCGCGGGCGCGCCGGGCGCCGGCAGUCCGCGCCGACAUCCCGACUUCGCCAAGGGCGACGGCGCCUACGCAGCGGGCCGGGCGGCGCCGGGCGGCGCGGCGGGCGCGCGGUUCGGCGGCGCGUGGGGCGGCGCUUUCCCCCGCUCCGCGCCGCCGCCCGCCGCGCCCUGGCGCGCGCCCGCCACGCACCCGCCCAACUGGCCGCACCAACCAUACCCGCCACAGACAAGCGGCGCGCCGGCGUGGGGUGGAGCGCCGCGACCCCCGACACAAGACGGGUACCCCUCCUCGACUGCACCCUCCACUAGUGUAGCGGGCGGCGGAGCGCAGAUAAAACGAGAAUUGACGUUCCCCGCCGAGUGUGUAGAAGCGGCCGUGCCCAGCGGGGAGAAACGGCGUCGGCUUACACGCGCUGACGUCGCGCCCGUAGACGCGUGGCGCAUCAUGAUGGCGCUCAAGUCCGGCCUGCUCGCCGAGACCUGCUGGGCGUUAGACAUACUCAAUAUUUUGCUGUUCGACGAUAACUGCAUCGGAUAUUUUGGACUGCAGCACAUGCCCGGCCUAUUAGAUUUGUUACUGGAACACUUCCAUCGCAGUCUCAGCGAUGUGUUCGAUGCACCCACAGAAGAAGACGAGCCGUGGUACGGCGCGCCGCGUGCGCCCACCCCGCCGCCCGGGCCCAAGCGCCGCGCCCCGCCGCCUGACCCGGCCGACCGCGUGCGCGUGAUCUCCGGCGAGGACUACACGCUGCAGUCGCGCCGCCGACACCCGGUAGUGCUGAGGCACGACGAUGAACUGUUCGCGCCAGAAGACGAAGAAGAUGAACAGCCCGAUGGCGUGGAAGACGUACUGGAGCCGUGGCAGCUAGCGUCCGACCCUGCAGGUGCGGCGCAUCUCGUGCCCUGCUUCCGCGGCGAACAUCUACACCUGCCGUUCGUGCGAGUACUGCCGGGCACGCGUGCACCUUCACCGCCCGCCGCUUCUCCCGCACCAGCACCACCUGAACCACCGGAGCCUUCGCCCCCGACACCCGCUCCCGCUCCGGAGUCUUCGCCGCCUGCGGACCGCGAUAACCUCGACGCAGAACCGAUGGAGCUCGAGCCCGAACGUCGCCCUAACUUGCUGGUGCGUGAUCCGGCCGGCGUGCUCAAACGGCGCAAACUCGAUGACUAUGAGGACGAGUGUUACGAGCGGGACGAGCCGAGUCUCAACCUUGUCAGUGAGACGCGAGAUGCACUCGCGCGUCGCUGUAUCGCGCUGUCUAACAUCCUUCGCGGUCUCACGUUCGUGCCCGGUAACGAGGUGGAAUUUUCCCGGUCGGGCGCAUUCCUAGCGCUGGCUGGCAAGUUGCUGCUGCUGCACCACGAGCACGCGCCGCGGGCGGCGCGCGCGCGGGCCUACGAGCGAGCGGCGCGCGACGAGGUGGACGCCGGCGCCUGCUGCUCCUCGCUGCGCGGCGGCGCCGAGUGGUGGUGGGACGCGCUCGCGCAGCUGCGUGAGGACGCGCUUGUAUGCUGCGCCAACAUUGCCGGCGGCGUCGAGUUGGCCGGACAGCCGGAAGCCGUCGCGCGACCGUUGCUCGAUGGUCUGCUGCAUUGGAGCGUGUGUCCGGCGGCGGUGGCCGGGGACGCUCCACCGACAGCCGGCGCUGCCUCACCACUGUCGCCUCGGCGGCUGGCACUGGAGGCGCUAUGCAAGCUGUGCGUGACGGACGCCAACGUAGACCUGGUGCUGGCGACGCCGCCGCGCGGCCGCAUCGCGGCGUUGUGCGCAGGACUGGCGCGCGACCUGUGCCGACCCGAGCGACCCGUGGUGCGGGAGUUCGCGGUGAACCUGCUGCAUUACCUGGCGGGCGCAGGCGAGGAGGCGGCGCGAGAGGUGGCCCGCCACGCGCCGGCGGUGGCGCAGCUGGUGGCGUUCAUCGAGCGCGCCGAGCAGACGGCGUUGGGCGUCGCCAACCAACACGGCGUGGCGGCGCUGCGCGACAACCCCGACGCGAUGGGCACGUCGCUGGACAUGUUGCGGCGCGCGGCCGCCACGCUGCUGCGGCUGGCACGACACACGGAGAACCGGCCGCUGAUCCGUCGGCACGAGCGGCGGCUACUGUCGCUGGUGAUGUCGCAGAUCCUGGACCAGAAGGUGGCGCACGAGCUGGCGGACGUGCUGUACUACUGCGCGGCGGCGCGGGGCACGGGCGAGCCGGAGGAGCCGCGCGAGUCGGAGCGCGACCAGUGAGUGCCGUGAGUGCCGCGAGUGCUGCGAGUGACGCGAGUGAGACGCUGCGGACCCGGUGGACGUGGUUACCUGCGGGUAGUGUACAUAUAGUGAUACGGACCGGCCGCGCCCCCGCGCCCCCCCGCCUCAUAGACUCAUAACGAUCCGGUUUUGUUAUUUAUGUCCAUGAUGAUUUAUUUACAAGAACGUCAAUGUGCUAUAAUCGAUUUCUAUUGUUCGAUUGAAAGAAGAUGUAUUAUAACUCGUAAUUUUGAUUUUUAUAAUAAAAUGGGACUUGAAUCUGUUUAUUGGUUUUAUGAUGGAGAUUUUAUACCGAGUACCUUUAGGGCCUUGUCUAUAAGAGAAACGUAGUGAAGAGUGUGAGGAGCUUAUGUGGGAUAUAAGUUUAGUUAAGUUUAAUGUGAAUUAUUACAAUAAUCUAUAAUAUAUUGAAAUUGAAUCUGAA